CUUAGUCCCAAGAUCAGGACCUUUUCCAGAACCUAUACAUGUGCUCAACUUCUUCGUCUCGAAGCAGUGGGUAGCAAGCAAUUCGUACAUUUUGCUUCAAUUGCAAUGGAGAUCAUGAUGGGGAGGAACCUAUCUACACCAUACUUCCAGAACGGAGUCUUGGAGCAGAGGCUCUCUUGGUGCAAAAAUUACAGUCCCCAUAUGGUGGGGACCCAGAGCGGUCUCAGGUUCAAACCCGGUCAAUUGGCUGUAUCAAGCACAAGAAAAAAGUAUCUUCCAAUUGCUCUCAAAACGGGUAUACUUAGUGACAAUGCAUAUGAAAGAAGAAGAACCAACGCCAUUUCAAUUGAUACAGCAGUUAAAGAGACUGUUGAGCUGCUGGAGUCAUAUGAUGAUGAAUAUGGUGGAGCCAUCAUUGACCCUAAGUCCCUGCCGUCCUGCACGAAUUCGUUUGCUUCCAUACUUCGUUCAUCACUUUCUUACUGGGAAUCGAAGGUGGUGCAGAAACUCUUAACAGAAGCGACCUUUACUGGUAAGAGGGGUAUAUGGUUGAAAAUAUUAGCAGAGCAGUCUGAUCUUAUUCCAGUUGCUGUGAAGGAAGGCUUUAAAUAUCAUCACGCAGAACCAGGAUAUGUAAUGUUAACCUAUUGGAUUCCGGAUGAGCCUUGUGUGCUUCCUGCUAAUGCGUCUCAUCAAGUUGGUGUAGGAGGAUUCGUGAUGAAUGAAAACAGAGAGAUUCUUGUGGUGCAAGAAAAGCAGUGCAAUUUAGCGUGCUCAGGUGUAUGGAAACUCCCAACAGGUGUCAUUCAUAAGUCUGAAGAGAUAUUCGCUGGUGCAAUUCGUGAGGUGAAGGAAGAAACUGGGAUUGAUACUGACUUUCUGGAAGUGAUUGCUUUCAGGCAUGCGCACUGUGUCGCAUUUGAGAAGUCUGAUCUAUUCUUCAUUUGCAUGCUGAAACCACUGUCUACUCAAAUCACCAUUGACGAAUUGGAAAUCCAAGCAUCCAAGUGGAUGCCUAUCGAUGAAUUCUUGGAGCAACCAUUCUACAAAGAAGACCACAUGUCAAGGAAGGUCUAUGAACUCUGCAUUGCAAGCCUUGAGAAUCGGUACAAAGGGUUGACGGCUCACCUGUUGCCGUCAAAAUUUGAUGGCACUUCGACCUAUCUUUAUUUCAGCACUGCUGCAAAUAAUGACGGCGAAAUUCAAGUCUAGUUAAAUUCCUGUCUCUGUGAUCUGUUGUCUUUCCUUUAGCUGAUAUGUCAAAGAAACUAUUUCCCUCUGAUCUUUUCUUUCUCUGAUGAAGAAAACCACCAAGUUUUGAAGAUGUUCGGAGGUGGACCGAGGGGACGAUGCUUACAUGCCUUCCCAUGGUUCCGAGAAUCCUCCAAUCCUGUGAAAAUGGCGCAAUCUGCAACAAUCA